UCUUUAAUUCACUUCCUGUCGUUCUCCAUGACUAUACACGUAAAUCCCCGUUUCAUUUAUAAUACUGAUUUUAUAACUAUAAAAGAUUUGAUAUUCAAUUUUGUUUGUCAAGUCAACGAUUCCCAAACCCUUCAUUACCAAAUCUCAAAGAACACAAAACAAAUUUCUGGGUUUUUCUCUUCACCCCUCAAUCUCAAAUGGGUCGGAAGUCAAACGACCCCGAAUCCAACCGUUGGGGAUUUAUGAUCCUCCUCUUGAUGGGUCUUGUUGUUUUCACUCUGGUUUACAUCUUCAUGACGGUGGUGUUGAGACCCAGCAAUGAAUCAGCGUUUGAGUCUGUGUCAUUGGCUGAAGCUGAUGGCAAUGGUGGAAAUGAUUUGGGGAGAGAGAGUGGUGGGUGUUGUAGAGGGAUAGAUAAUUUGGAGCUCUGGGGGGCUGCUGUGAAGUGGGGUUCAGAUUUCAAGUUCAAUUCUUCUGAGGAGUGUUGUAAGGCUUGUAAGGCUAUGUGUACUGGAAAUGAUGGACCUUGUUUGUGUGAUACUUGGGUUUUUUGCGGAAAUCGGGAAGCUUGUGGAUCGAAAUUCGGUGAGUGUUGGUUGAAGAAACAGAAGGACACCUUCGUCCCUGACCGGCAGGAAGCUGGAAACAGAGUCAGUUGGACUUCUGGCCUUAUCUUUGGGAAAGGAGAGGGCAUCGUUGGCUUGGAAACAGAAUAUGGCACUCUUCAUAUAAAACUUCUGUCUGACUGCGCUCCACAUUCAGUGGCCUACAUUCUUGAGUUGUUGGGGUUGCGACACUGUGCAGGUUGCCAGUUUUAUCGUGCUGAAAGUCGCGGUUUAUCUUGGGAUUCAGAAGGGAACCACAUUAAAGAUGCUUCCUUUGGCCCUCCAUUUGCACUGAUCCAAGGAACGCUUGAAGCCCAAGGAUCUACAUUCAUGAAAAUUCCCAAGGAAGUCUGUCCUACGAUAAGAAGAGGUUCGGUUGCAUGGGUUGGUUCUGGUCCCGAAUUCUUCAUAAGCCUGGCUAACCAUGAAGAGUGGAAGCACGCAUACACAGUGUUUGGUUCGGUUCUUCCAGAAGACAUUGGAAUUGCAGAGAAAAUCGCGCAGCUUCCCGCGAAAAUGGACGUCUGGAACAACAUUAAUGUGUCGGUGUUGGAAAAGCCUGUACCCUUGUGGUUCCGAAGAAUGAAGAAGACAAGCGAUGGAGUUUUGAGUAUCAAUGCCAAUGCGGGAUCGGAUUGAAGUGGCUUUCAGCUGUUGCUGUGCAUAUGAUUGUACUGAUUUUGUGCAAUUAAUCUCCUAUUUGUUCUUCCUGAUCCCAUACAACUUUUUUUUUUACUCAAAAAUUUUGCAUGACAUUUUCAGAAUCCAGAUGAAUUAGUUAUAACAUUAACAUACAGAAAAUCCAAAAUAUUUAUUGUUUUUAA